AUGACGCGAAACAGAUCCAGGAGGACUAAGAAGAAAGCAGCUGAAGCUCGGGUUGAAGUUGAGGAAUCUGAGUCGGCAUUUUCGCAGCUGGGGAAUGCCGGAGAAUCGAGCAACAACCAAACCCCGGCAAACAUUCAUAAUCAGGCACCUGCUUCAACAGUAACUGAAUCGAAGCCACCAGUAGAAGAUGCAGUCAAACCUGGGAUUGAACGGCGGAGCAGCUACGCAUCGGUAGUGGCUGGCAACCACAAACCACUCGCUAGUCAAGCAUCACAGCCACAGCCAGUUGUAAAAAUAGCGAACGAUAACACCGAGCGUCAAGAUAAAACAAGGAAAACUGUUGGACCUGCAAAAUCUGGAGAUUCUGAGCACGCUAUUCCGCUGAGUUUCGCUCAAGCUCUGACCAAUUCUCGGAGCAAAAACACACGGCAAGGCUCGAGCAGCAGGAAUCCCAGUACACAUGACGACUACCAGCCGCCUUCAACGCAGCAAUCACAGGAGGUAGAAGGUGCCUUUGUGGGAAAUGGAACGGGUUCCGUCAGUUCUUCCAAAGCAAGCGAGUCAAAAUCACAUGCGGAUAACGAAAUGAGACCCCACGAUAGAAAGACAAGACAACGUUCUGGCAGCUACGCAUCAGUAGUAGCCAGCACUUCAGCUCCAUCCCCAGCUCCUAGUCCAUCAGAUCCAACUCGAAACAAAGAGGUCAGGCGAGGUUCUUCGGACACAGUAAAUUCAACUGGAUCUACGGCCCCCGCAUCCCCAUCCCCGAACACCGUCAAAACCAAAUCGACUGAACAAGUGUCUAAGUCCAAGUCAUAUACACCUCACAAGGGGAGAGAAAAUGAGUCGAAAAGCAAAACCGGGGAUUCCGGUACUUUCUUCAAGAGUACUAAGCUAAAUAUACCAUCAGGCGAUCAGCAUGGCACGCAGUCUGAGAGCAGUCCCACAGCGUCUCCUGGUAUUGGACCAAACUCGACAAAGAAGAAGAGGAAAAGGGGAAAGAGAGGUCAUGGCAGGAGGCAUUCUCAAUCAACAGACCUCGGCAAACAAGCUCCAGAACAUGCAGAAUAUGAGGAAAAAUCCAACAGCCAUGCACCACAACCCACAGAAGGAUAUUUAGCAUCACCCAGAAGCGUGGUUCCAGGGGAUGCCACCAAAGUCAAGCCAGAGUCCGAGGACAAGAGCACCAGAGACUUAGAAACACGUCAAGCUGAUCAAGUAGAAUCAAGUCUGGGGCUCGAAACAGGCGAGAACACCGGUCGGGGAAGUGAAGUGAAGUCAAACGAUUCAGCAAUUGAAACCUCUCAAGUACCCCGACCCGGCUUCGUAGACACAGGUGCUUCUAUCUCUGCUGCGGUGCCUGAGAGCUCGAGUGCCUAUUCUCCCACAGCAGAAGUGUUCCACCCUCGUAAGAAGUCGCAUCCGUAUUCACCAACAGCAGAGGUAUUUCAACCUCGCAAGAACUCACGUCCGUACUCACCGACAGCUGAAGUGUUCCAACCUCAUACGCACCGCACCGGCCAACACAAAACCAGCAAUGACAAGUCGUCCGCAUGGCGAACAGAUCCAAGCCCAGGCCCAGGUCCUUCGCCUGUGAGCGGUUAUGAUUCGAGCUCGCCCGUUAAGACUCCUGUCAGUCCUUAUGAUAGGAUACCAACAACACCGGCUCCAUUCUCUCCAUACCAUACUCCAUUUCAUACACAAGGCUUUGUGGGAGGCUUUCCGCCCGGAGACCGAAUGUAUCAAGAGAACCACGGUUAUAGCCCUAACACUUACACUCAACACCCAUUGGACCCUCAAGUUGAAACACCAAUAAGGCCCCCUCCUGACUCCACCACACCCGUAGAAGCCCCCCAAGGGAUACAGGAACUGCCCCGAAAACCAGCUGGAUUGGCAAGCUUUCCGCUACCUCCGAAAAACGAGGAUAGGCAUGCCAGAAUGUACCCUGAUACGACUCAGAGGCAAGUCCCGAGAGAAGUCCUGAGAGAAGAUGGCUUUGCGCCUUACAGCGCAGGCUCUCCCGGCCAGGAAACAAAUAUCGAGAGUGUAUCACCGGAGCCGGCGUUUCGGCGGCAUGAGUCGCCAGACCUACCUUGGGGUUGGAUGCAGAGAGAAUUCGGUCCAAGUAGAGAGCUCGUCUACAUCAACUUCUUGACCCAGGAGACCCAGAUGGAGCGUCCCACGGAACCUGCCUCAGUAGAACCCUCCCUAUACUCAGAGGCUGGCCAUGGCACAUCAACAGCCGCCGCUGACAUUUCUACCCCUGUGAAUAGUGCUGUCGUCGAACCUCCUGUGUGGAACUACCACACUCUCCAGAAGCUCGAGCAACAGACAAGGCCGUCGAACAACAUCAUCGAAGAUCUCACACGAGCACAUCACAGCCCAGCCGCAAGGAAUACUAGAAAUUCAGCGAGGCGGACGAACUUCGUCCCGUCCCCCCUGGUUACUUUCGCAGUCGAGGGGGUCGACAACCAGAUCUGCCAGCUCUGUGACCAUUCGACAUUGGAACUUGCUACACCUUGGCCCGUGAUCAAGGACACCCAGCCGGCGAUUCUACCAUGUGGGCAUUGCUUCGGUGCCGAAUGCCUUCUCCUGUGGCUGCGAGAGUACGAUAUCUGUCCCGAGCCCAGCUGUCAGAUGUCGGUCAGACACCGUGGCUGCGGACACAAGUUGGAUCCGCUGAUCCUUGACACUCAGCGAAUCUUUAGCGUGCCCAAGACGAUAAUUCAAGGGGGCCAGGUCGGGAAUGAGUGCCGGAGGUGUCGCAUCAGAGGCGAACAGGAGAAGGAAGCCAAGCAGUUUCAUCAACUUCAGGCGAAGUUCAGGGAAGCCAGAGCCACAGUUUCAGCGAAUCACACUGAAGAGUCUGAGAAGGCAAUGAGGGUCAUAUACGAAGAGCUAGAUGCACUCCCUUUCGAGGUUAGGAAGAGCAAGCUGAGCACACUCUUCACAGUGUGGUGA